AGUAUCACUAACAAGGGGAUGGCGGCUCACAUAACCCAGAGCCGACUAAGGGCCAAGGGUGUGGGCCAACAGCACAACGCAGAGAACUACAACAACCAGAGCUUUGAGGAGCUGCGAGCAAUCUGCCUACGGAAGGGGCUGCUGUUUGAAGAUCCCUUAUUCCCUGCCGAGCCCAGUUCGCUAGGCUUCAGGGAACUGGGCCCCAACUCCAAAAAUGUGCAGAACAUCAGCUGGCAGCGACCCAGUCAAAUCACCAGCAAUCCUCAAUUCAUUGUGAAUGGGGUCAGCCCGACAGACAUCUGCCAGGGGGUGCUUGGGGACUGCUGGCUGCUGGCUGCCAUCGGCUCCCUCACCGUGUACCCCAAACUCUUCUACCGUGUGGUGCCCAAGGGCCAGAGCUUCAAGAAAAACUAUGCCGGCAUCUUCCACUUCCAGAUCUGGCAGUUUGGCCAGUGGAUGGAUGUGGUGGUGGAUGAUCGGCUGCCCACAAAGAAUGGCAAGCUGGUGUUUGUGCACUCAGCGGAGCGCACUGAGUUCUGGAGCGCCCUGCUGGAGAAGGCGUACGCCAAGCUGAACGGAUCCUAUGAAGCACUGUCAGGGGGGAACACAAUGGAAGGCUUUGAGGACUUCACGGGGGGCGUGACCCAGAGCUUCCAGCUCCAGACACCCCCUCAGAACCUGCUGAGGAUGCUUAGGAAGGGCAUAGAGCGAUCCUCCCUCAUGGGCUGCUCCAUUGAAGUCACCAGCAACAGCGACUUGGAGUCGCUGACACAGAGGAUGCUGGUAAAAGGACAUGCUUACUCGGUGACCGGCCUCCAGGAUAUCUGGUACCACGGCAAGACGGUAACGCUGAUUCGGGUCCGGAAUCCCUGGGGCCGGAUUGAGUGGAAUGGAGCCUGGAGUGACAAUGCCAAGGAGUGGGAAGAGGUGUCCCCAGACUUCCAGAGGCAGAUGCUGCACAGGAAGGAAGAUGGGGAGUUUUGGAUGUCCUACCAAGAUUUCCUGGACAACUUCACCCUCCUGGAAAUCUGUAACCUGAUGCCUGACACACUCUCUGACUACAAGAGCUAUUGGCACACCACCUUCUAUGAGGGCAGCUGGCGGAGGGGCAGCACUGCGGGGGGCUGCAGGAGCCACCUCGACACGUUCUGGACCAACCCCCAGUUUAAGCUCUCUCUCCCCGAGGAGGAUGACGAUGACCCAGAGGCCGAGGAAGCCAUCUGCACCUGCCUGGUGGCCCUGAUGCAGAAGAACUGGAGACGGGGGCGGCCGCACGGAGCCCAGCUGCAGACCAUCGGCUUUGUCAUCUACACGAUCCCGAAGGAGUUUCAGAACCUCCAGGAUAUCCACUUGAAAAGGGACUUCUUCGAGAAGUAUCAGGACCUGGGCUUCUCAGAGAUCUUCACCAAUUCUCGGGAGGUGAGCAAUCACCUCCGGUUGCCUCCAGGCGAAUAUAUCAUUAUCCCCUCCACCUUUGAGCCGCACAAGGAUGCCGACUUCCUGCUGCGGGUCUUCAGCGAGAAGCACAGCGAGUCCUGGGAACUGGAUGAAGCCAACUGCACUCAGCUUCUGCAAGAGGAGACCAUCUCGGAGAAUGAAAUAGACCAGGACUUUCUCCGUUUGUUUCAGAUAGUGGCCGGUGGAGAGGACAAGGAGAUUGGCGUGUACGAGCUGCAGAAGCUGCUCAAUAAGGUGGUAUCCAAAUUCAGACACCUCAAAACCAAAGGCUUCAGCCUGGACGUGUGCCGCUGUAUGAUCAACCUCUUGGAUAAAGACAGCUCUGGCAAACUGGGGCUUCAGGAGUUCCAGAUCCUGUGGAGAAAAAUCAAGAAAUGGACGGACAUCUUCCAAGAGUGUGACCAGGACCAUUCAGGCACCUUGAACUCCUAUGAGAUGCGCUUGGCAAUUGAGAGAGCAGGGAUCAAACUCAGUAACAAGGUGACACAGGUGCUGGUGGCCAGAUAUGCAAAUGACGACAUGAUCUUGGACUUUGACAGCUUCAUCAGCUGUUUCCUGAGGCUGAAGGCCAUGUUCACGUACUUUCUAACCAUGGACCCCAAUAAUACUGGCCAGAUUUGCUUGAACCUGAACCAGUGGCUGCAGAUAACCAUGUGGGGAUAG